CACCGCCGAAGAAAGGAGAAGGGAAAACAAAAAUAAAACGGUGGGUCUAACUCUAACAUAAGAAACGACCCACGUUAGAACAGCGCGGCACGGGUAAGGUGCCAGCAGCCGUCCGGACUCCGAAUCUAUCAUCUCAAUCAACCAACAGAACAGCAAGGUUUCAGAGUGCCGGAAUCACACCUCUCUGAUCCCAUCUUCUGAUUCUCAAUAUGAGCGGGGAAGGCGGAGGGAAGACCAGAAGCCUCUUGCAGGCGGACGGCGAGCAUUCGUCGCUUCCACCACCCAAUUAUUAUUACGGUACUUUUCAAGGGGUGGCCAAUUAUCAACCUCAGCCUGCGCCGCCGUCCCACUCCGUGAUGGGUUUCCCUCAACCUGUGCCUCCUCCUGGAUUUUCCGGCUCUCAACCGCAGUACUACCCUCACGGAUACCAAACUGUUCCCGGUUAUAUUGUUGCUGAAGGACGACCUAUUAGCCAGCAUCGGCUCCCUUGUUGUGGCCUGGGGAUUGGGUGGUCUUUGUUUAUAAUUGGUUUCUUUAUGGGUUCAAUCCCCUGGUACAUUGGAGCUUUUUUGCUGUUAUGUGUUCGAUUAGAUUACAGAGAGAAGCCUGGACUCAUUGCAUGUGCUUUAGCUUUCCAUCAGUACCAGGUGGUGGGCAGAGCUCUGCCGACGGAGACUGAUGAGCACCCGAAGAUCUACCGGAUGAAGCUUUGGGCCACCAAUGAAGUCCGCGCAAAGUCCAAAUUCUGGUACUUUUUGAGGAAGCUUAAGAAGGUGAAAAAGAGCAAUGGCCAGAUUCUUGCUAUCAAUGAGAUUUUUGAAAAGAACCCAACCACCAUCAAGAACUAUGGUAUCUGGUUGAGAUACCAAAGCAGAACAGGUUACCACAACAUGUACAAAGAGUACCGAGAUACCACUUUGAAUGGUUCUGUUGAGCAGAUGUACACUGAGAUGGCUUCUCGUCAUAGAGUCCGAUAUCACUGCAUCCAAAUUAUUAAGACAGCCACCAUCCCUGCUAAGCUUUGCAAGAGGGAGAGUACCAAGCAAUUUCAUGACUCCAAGAUCAAGUUCCCCUUGGUGUUCAGAAAGGUGAGGCCACCAACAAGAAAGCUCAAGACAACAUACAAAGCAACAAGGCCCAACUUGUUUAUGUAAACUGUUUGGUCGUUUAUGAGGAGAGAGGAGAUAGCUGCUGGUUUCGAAUUUUGCAAGUACUUUUAGAGAAGAUUCCAAGCAAAAAAUAUCUUUCGUAGUUUUGCUGAACUCAUACGAUGUUCGGUUUUGUUUACCUAGGGAUAAAUUAGACUUUUGAAUUUUAGAAGAUCAUUUUAAGGUAUGCUGGAUUGUAACGUGUGUGUUUGUUUGAGACGAUUAUUGAGAUCUCCUUUUUCACAGUCCUUUACAAAAUUUGUUUCUUGAUUUAAUGUUA